GGUCGAUGUACUGGGGACUAUUUAGUUUGUUAAAGAAAUAUAAUUUAGUUGAGAUAUGGAAAAUCCAUAAUUAUACUGAGUUAAAUUUGAAAAUGUAUGUAACCAUCCUAAGCGGUUCAUGGAAAAAAGUGAUCCCACUUGCGUUAAUUUCAGGAAGUAUCCUCCUAAUUAUUUCUUAUUACGAGUUACUGACCUAUAAAAUAUUACUUGAUUUGCAAAAGCAUAUAAUGGAUGGUAAUGAACACACUAGAGACAAUAAUGGCCAGCUCUACCUGAUAUCAAAUCCGAAAUGCAAAAUCAUAGACUUGGACCCGUUUUCUCAAGAUGCCAAGAAAUAUUUUAAACCAAUGAAAUACAGAACUUGUUCUGAAAAAGAACUUUUGACCUAUGUGACAAAAGAAGACAAUAUUGCCAUUGUUCAUGUUGAUAGUGACGUUUUAGCACAGUAUACUAAUGAGUCUUCAAUUGCCUGUUGUUAUUCUGAUGUGAGAAGAAGUAAUUAUGCAAGGAACCCUGAUGAUUCUAUUAGAUUAACUGCGUGUAAACCAUUCCAAGACAACGUCACUAUAACCGAAGAAGCGAUCAUCAUCAAAUGUACCGAGCCAAAUUCACAAAGGCUAAUUUACGAAAAUGUUCACACUUCCGUAAUAACAACGAGAAAUGUCCAAGAGAAAAUGCAUUUAUUUGACAAUAGCAGCAGCAAACCAAUUAGUGUCCUACUCAUUGGCAUUGACAGCGUAUCGAGACUUAAUUUUAUAAGGGCGUUACCGAAUACUCAUCGCUAUGUUGAGGAUAAUGGAUGGAUUCCAUUGAAAGGCUAUAAUAAAAUGGCUGAUAAUACGUUUCCAAAUUUAAUGGCUAUAUUAACAGGAUACAACGAAAGUAUGUCAAAUAAAAUUUGUAAUCCAAGAGCUGAAGGAUACCUGGAUAAAUGUUCGAUGAUAUGGUACAAAUACAGAGAUCUAGGUUACGUAACUGGAUACGCUGAAGACGAUGCCACCAUAGGCACGUUCAAUAACGAUAAAAAAGGUUUUCUUAACAAACCCACGGACUACUAUUUUCGUCCAUACAUAAUGGCUACCGAAACACUAAAAGACAAUGUUGUAAACAGAAUGGCUUAUUACUAUCACAGUUACUGUACCGGACCCGAAACUGCAGGAGAAAGGAUAUUGAAUCUGGCGAAGGAUUUUGCUGUAACGUUCAAGGAUAAUCCAUAUUUUGGUUUUUUUUGGAUGAAUACGUUUAGUCAUAGUGAUAUCAGCGUCCCAUCCAUGAUGGACGAUAAACUGAAACUAUUUCUUGAAAACCUGAACAGUAGCGGAGUGACAAACAGUUCAAUAAUAAUAUUCCUCAGCGACCAUGGAAUACGUUUCGGUGGCAUCCGCAUGACCCAAACAGGUUGGCUAGAAGAGCGCCUACCUUUCAUUUAUUUCUCUUUUCCGCCAUGGUUCAAACAAAAAUUCCCAGAAGAAUACAAUAAUUUCUUAAAUAAUGUAAAUAGACUUACCACUCCUUAUGAUCUCCACAUGAGUUUACAACAUCUAUUAACAAUGUCAGGUUUGAAUUAUAUAAUUACACCCAGUGAUGCCUGUCCGGAAUGUUCGUCACUAUUCAAAAACGUACCCGCGGAACGCUCGUGUGAAGAAGCUGGUAUUGCUGAUCACUGGUGCAUGUGCGCAGGCUAUAAUGAAACGAAACUAGAUCCCAAAUCGGAACAAAAGAUAUCGAGUUUCUUUAUAGAUAUCAUAAAUGAUCAAGUGAAAGAGUUAUCUAAAAACAAAAACGUAUGUGCCAAAUAUGCAGCUGCCGAACUCACCAUAAGACUGGGGACAGAUUUUUCUUACAAAAACACUUCGUACGCUUUGGUACUUUUGAAAACCCAUCCGUUUGCUGUUUUUGAAACUACCAUUAGUUUUUAUGGUGAUAUCACUAAUAGUACAUUAAAGGCCGGUGACGUCAGUAGGUUGGAUUCUUAUAGGACUCAUAGCCAUUGCGUAUCGGAUUCACGUUUAAAAAAAUUAUGUCACUGUACGUAGGGAUAAUAAUUCUAGCUACGAGCGUGCAGAAAGUGCACUUAAUUGCAAGUGGACAGUAGCACUUUACCGCACAGUAUGCGGUAAAGUGUACUGCAAAGUGUGCGGUAAAGCUACUCUACCACAUAGUAUCCGGUAAAGUAUAACCAUUAACAAUUGAAAAUCGCAUCUCUAUGGUGACUACUCAAAAUUAGAAAAAUACCCCUUAUAAUAAUAUAAAAUAAUUUUUAUAUUUUUAUGCCAAGUCCUGGUACACUAUAACAAAGACGCCUCACGCCGGCAAAAAAACUUGAAAAUUGUUGGCGAUGCCGCUAGGCUUUGUCGCUUGCCGACAAAGCUAAGCCGCUCUUGUUGACAGUGUGAGAUAUUCUCUUUAGAAGUGGACAAAAGUAUAAAAUUACACAGAUAAUUGAAUAAAAAUCAAUUUCAAAUUUGAAUUUUUAAUAAAGGAAUAAUAGUCCCAUUCAAAUAUUUAUAUUUGAUUUAUUUCAAUAGUUUAAAACGGAAUUUUAAGGAUUACCUUCUAUAUGAAUUUUGCCCAUUUAUUUAACGUAUUAACUCCACUGUAUUCUAGAGGUAAAUCAGCUAGAAUUUCGGGACAAUGGCGUACGUCAUUUCAGUUUUUAUAGAAAUAUCUGGAGUAUGUUUAUUCUUUAUUAACCAAUUUGUUUUCAUUUGUCAUGAUAAUAAUAUUUAGACGCCUAUGGAUUCCCACGUGACUUCAAAGAGAUCAACUGAGCCGCCUUUUUUAUGAAAUUUCAAUUAAUAAUGGUUAAACUUUAUCCGGUAAUGUUGACUUUGGUAUAUGCAAUAAUGCCUUUCUUUGAAGAUGUAUAGAUGAAGUAUCACUUUCCAAAUUUGUUAGUGACUUUUUAAUGAUACUUGACAGGCUAAAUAGUUGUAUCUUUACUGCCUAGGCAGAAAAAGUAUGUUGCCAUGCAACGUUUUAGGUAAUAAUUGAAAUUAAACUGGUACCUAAUUGAAAUCAUAUCAUCAUAUUUCAGGUGGUGUUAAUGGUUAUAACUCCAUCCUCUUAUUCAAGUAGAUCCAUUUAGGAAAAUUAUUUUAUUUGACAAUUUUUUAAAAUUGGCAAUAAUAUUUAAGUGAACACAAAAAUUCAACAAAUGUCAUCAGCGCUAUUGAUAGUUAGAUUAAAAAAAAUAGAUUAUGCGUGAAAUUAUAACAAAUUCGCAGAAAAAAUUAUAUGUUUCAUACGGCAGAAAAUCAGAUUUAAUGCCUCGGCUGGUUUGCUAGCCUCGACUAUGAAACGCACCAGCCGCGGCAUUAAAUCUUGGGCUUUUCUGCCUAUACAUGCCUAUAGUUACCUAUAGUAAAACAAAUAACUAUUACUUGAAUUAAAAAUAGCGUUCGAACAAUUUGUCAAGGUCCAAGAAUAACAUGUCAAUAAAAUUAAUAUUUUAAUUAUUUCUCUAUGAUUAUUAAUAAAAAUAUAACAAAGUAA